AUGGUAUCGUCCCUCAAGCCACUGGUUGCUGCCAGUAUAAACACGACUAGUGACAUGUCUGUCGUGGAUGAGGGAAGUAUUUAUGCCGGCCAGGAAAACAUCACUGAGAAUGCAAUAUAUGCAGUUGCUCCAGGGAAGAUCUUUGUCCGCCCGUUCGUUUCAUUCCAUUAUAUAAACGAUCAGAGCAGACUUCACGCCCAUAAUCCCCCAAAUAUGGCAAUCCUUCUUGUCUGCAAGAAGGUGUAUGAAGAAGCCUGCCUGGUAUUCUAUCGUGAGAAUACCUUUUCAAUCCUACAUCCCGACGUUCUUUUGGAUAUUUCGAAUGAAUAUCCCCGUGUAAGGGAUCAUCUAAGGCAUAUGCACAGCAUUGAAGUAAUCUUUCAUCACCGGGAUUUCCAAUACCUCAGUGGUCCGUUUUGCGAUGAUUUGCUUGCAGGAAGCAUUGCCUUGAGACGGCAGGACAAACAAGGCGACAAAAAAACGGACAAAAUGGCAAAGAAUCUGUUGAAGUAUCGAGCUUCCAUACUCGGGGCCAGGACAUAUACCGCUGGCUGUGGGCUUAUUGAUCGAAACAUAACUCCCAUACUUCCCCAUGCCCAGGACAUUAAGAGCAUGCAAGACUAUCUUUUUGGCCGGACCUUGACGUUUCUUCGUCAACGCCUCCUCAUUUCCAACCUUGAACUGAAGUUCAUGGAAUGUAUUUGCCCUGAAGGGUGCUGCCGCUUAGCAGGGGAAAUUUUGAACUGGGGAACUAGAAAGACAUGGACCUUUGACCUCCCGCGAAGCAUAUCCGUGACAGGGGCUACAGAAGAAGAGCGGAAGCAGAUUUUGGAAACAAUUGCCCAUCAACGGCCGAGUCCGGAGGUCGUUGACCUCCUGCUAAAGUACCAAAGUCGACGUAAGUCUUUCACAAAUCGAUCCAUCAGAGGAAUCCUCAAGGCCAUUGAUCUGGUCAAAAAGUGA